AUGGCUGGAUCUGGAAGCUCAGAGGCUAGAAUCCCAAUUUUCUCUGGUGAGAACUAUGAGUUUUGGAGGAUUAAGAUGGUUACCAUAUUCAAAUCGUAUGGUUUAUGGAGUUUGGUAGAGAAGGGUUUUUCAAUCCCGGAUUCAAAGAAGAAGAAGGUAUCUGAGGACAUCUCAGAAGAAGAAGUUGAUGAGAAAACAGCUGCGAUUCUCAUGAAGGAUGCGAAAGCAUUGGGUAUCAUCCAAAAUGCCGUUUCUGAUCAGAUUUUUCCACGGAUUGCACAUGCAGAUUCUGCGAAGAUGGCUUGGGAAUUGCUAUAUGCUGAAUAUCAUGGUGGAGAGCAUGUCAGAUCGGUAAAACUUCAAAACCUCAUACGUGAAUUUGAGUAUACUAGGAUGCGUGAUAAUGAAUCCUUAUCUGACUAUCUUACUAGACUGAAUGAAUUGAUUAACCAAAUGAAAACAUUUGGUGAAGUUCUGUCAAAUGAGAGGCAGGAAGUGAUUGCCAUUUUGAAGAGUCAAGAGCAAAGGCUUGAAAUGCAUAGUGUUGAUACAGUUGAGAAGGCAUUUGCCUCAUUCAUUGUGAAUUCCAAAGGACAGAAUAAAAAUGCUUCUCAGUCUGGUUCAUCUAAGUACAAGGGAAAACCAAAAUGCUAUAAUUGUGACAGAUUUGGACAUCUUGCUAGAGAUUGUACUGUGAACAAGAAUGUGCAGAAGGCUAAUUGUGUAAAUCAAAUGGAGGUGACAGGGAACUUGUUUUAUGCAAAUUGCACAACCACUGAGAUCAAAACCAAUGGAGAAUGGUAUGUUGAUAGUGGCUGUAGCAACCAUAUGACAGGAAACUUAGAGUUGCUUGUUGAUGUGAGAACAAAUGUGGCUGGAAAAGUACAAAUGCCAACUGGUACACUUGUGAGUGUAGCUGGAAUUGGUUCAUUGAGGAUUGAUACAGCAAAGGGCAGAAAAUACAUCAGAGACGUAAUGUAUCUGCCAGGAUUGAAAGAAAAUCUGCUAAGUGUUGGGCAAAUGGAUGAGCAAGGAUAUUGUCUGGUGUUUGGAGAAGGGAUGUGCAGGGUAUUUGAUAGUCCAUCCAUGGAUUAUCUCAUCAUCAAGGUACAAAUGAAGAGUAAUAGAUGUUAUCCUGUAUCCUUUCUAGCUGAAAAACAGUUACUGAUGAAGACUAGUUUCACUCAAUCCACAUGGAUUUGGCAUAAGAGACUUGGUCAUCUGCAUUUUGGAGGUUUGAAACAUUUAAGGGAUAAAGAAAUGGUACAUGGUUUACCAACAUUGGAAGAACAAAGUGGUGUGUGUGAAGGGUGUCAAUUUGGAAAACAACACAGGAAUGUUUUUCCAAAAGAACAAGCUCAAAGAGCAAGCAAAGCACUCGAGUUAGUACAUGUAGACCUUUGUGGUCCUAUGAGAAAUGAAUCGGUUGCAAGGAACAGAUAUUUCAUGCUGAUUAUAGAUGAUUUCACAAGAAUGAUUUGGGUAUACUUCUUAAGAAACAAAUCAGAAGCUUUCAGUUGUUUCAAGAAGUUCAAGUCUAUGACUGAAUUACAAACUGGACACCAAGUGAAAUGCAUAAGAAGUGACAGAGGUGGAGAGUUUCUAUCUACUGAAUUUGUGGAGUUUUGUGAAGCUCACGGCAUUCAAAGGCAACUUACAAUGGCCUAUACUCCUCAGCAAAAUGGAGUGGUAGAGAGAAAGAAUAGGACUGUCAUUGAGAUGGCAAAAUCAAUGUUACAUGAUAAGGGAAUGCCUUAUUUCCCAUGGGCAGAAGCAGUGCAUACAGCUGUUUAUUUGCUGAACAGAUGUCCUACCAAAGCUCUCCAUAACAUUACCCCAUUUGAAUCAUAUAGUGGAAGGAAGCCUGGAAUUGCACAUAUGAAAGUUUUCGGUUCUCUGUGUUAUGUUCAUGUACCAGCUGAAUUGAGGCACAAGCUGGAUCCUAAGAGUACAAAGGGAGUGUUUGUGGGAUAUGCCACUUGUGAAAAAGGCUAUAGAGUUUUUGAUCCAGUUUCUAACAAGCUUAUAUUGUCAAGGGAUGUGACAUUUGAUGAAGAAGGUGCUUGGCAUUGGACAGAUAACAAUGAUUCAGUUAUGACACCAUACACAAUUGAAAAUCAAGUAGAUUUUGAUUUUCAUUCUGACAGUUCAAAUGGCAACUCUACUGUUACACCUCAAACUCUGAAUAUGCAGGGGAGAACAUCAUCAACUCCAAGUGAUAUAAGCAGUGAAGAAAGGAGAACUCAAGCUUAUGAUCACACUCCUUUAAAAUGGAGAAAGCUAGAAGAUGUUCUUGCUCAGUGUAACUUGUGCAUCAUGGAACCAGAAAAAUAUGAUGAUGCUCAAGAUGAAUCUUGGCUUAAAGCUAUGCAAGAUGAAUUGCAGAUGAUUGAAAAGAAUGGAACAUGGGAAUUGGUGGAUAGACCAACUGAAAAACCAGUGAUUGGAGUUAAGUGGGUUUACAAGACAAAAUUGAAUUUGGAUGGCUCUGUGCAAAAGAAUAAAGCACGAUUGGUUGUCAAAGGGUAUGCUCAGAAGCCUGGACUGGAUUAUAAUGAAACUUAUGCACCUGUAGCCAGAUUGGACACCAUUAGAACACUUAUUGCUCUUGUUGCUCAAAAGGAUUGGAAACUGUACCAGCUUGAUGUGAAAUCUGCCUUCCUUAAUGGUGUGCUACAAGAGGAAGUCUAUAUCAAUCAACCUGAAGGUUUUGUAAUUAAAGACAAAGAGGACAAAGUUUAUCGUCUACAUAAAGCUCUCUAUGGUCUGAAGCAAGCACCAAGGGCUUGGUAUGGAGAGAUAGACAGCUAUUUCACUCAAUGUGGUUUUAAGAAAAGCCUAAGUGAAGCAACUUUAUACACCAAAGAAAGGGGAGAUAAGGAUAUCCUAAUUGUCUCUAUUUAUGUAGAUGACAUUGUCUACACAGGGAGCAAUAAGGAGUUACUAGAUGAGUUUAAGGAAGAUAUGAUGACUAAAUAUGAGAUGACAGAUUUAGGUCUCUUGCAUCACUUUCUUGGCAUGGGGGUGAUUCAAACCAAGUCUAGUAUAUUUCUACAUCAAAAGAAGUAUGCUAGCACCUUGUUGAACAAAUUUGGCUUGACUGAAUGCAAAUCUGUAACCACACCUCUUGUUGCCACUGAGAAACUAGCUAAGGAUGAUGGGAGUGGAGCUGCAAAUGAAGAACACUACAGAAGCAUUGUUGGUAGUUUGCUGUACUUAACUGCUACAAGACCCGACAUCAUGUAUGCUUCAAGUCUGCUAGCCAGAUUCAUGCACUGUCCUACAAACAGGCAUUAUGGAAUAGCUAAACGUGUUUUGAGAUAUGUCAAGGGAACUCUAGACUACGGCUUAGAGUAUGUGAAAGGCAGGAAAUCAGUUCUGAUCGGCUAUUGUGACAGUGAUUGGGGAGGAUCAGUUGGUGAUAGAAAAAGCACAUCGGGGUAUGCUUUUACCUUUGGGAGUGGAGUGUUUUCUUGGGCUUCAGUCAAACAGAACUGUGUAGCAUUGUCCACUGCAGAAGCUGAGUACAUCAGUGCAGCUAAAGCAACUACACAGGCUAUUUGGUUGCGUUUUGUGCUAGAGGACUUUGGAGAGCUACAAACUGAAGCUACUUCAUUGCAUUGUGACAAUAUCUCAGCAAUUGCAAUCACUAAAAACCCUGUGUUCCACCAGAAGACUAAGCACAUUGAUAGAAGAUACCAUUUUAUCAAGGAUGCUUUGCAAGAAGGAGUCAUUGAUCUGGAAUACUGUCCUACCAACGAACAACUAGCUAACAUUUUCACCAAACCAUUGGCCAAAGAUCGGUUCAAUUAUCUCAGAGGCAUGCUUGGAGUGAAAUCAACUCAAGACUUAAAGGGGAGUGUUGAAUUAUAA